GCAGGAAGAUCGCUGCCGGCCAAGCGGAAUCCGCUUCUCGUCGAAGAUGUCCCUCCGUACUCGGAACUCGUGUCGCGCCGCCGUCUCGGCCAGACCAAGCUGACGCCCAAGAUGGUGGGCAGCGAUGAGGCCGAGGCCGGUGCUUUGGGCUUCUUCGACUACGCCCAUCUGCGCGCGCCGCUGCCCAAGGGUAUCGUGUCGGGCAUUUUCAAGUCCAGCCCCAACAGCUACUUUUUGAUGCGCCGCAGCUUUGACGGCUACAUUUCGGCGACGGGCAUGUUCAAGGCCACUUUUCCCUACGCGGCUGCCGCGGAGGAGGAGGCCGAGCGUAAAUUCAUCAAGGCUCAGCCAACCACGAGCCCCGAAGAGACGGCUGGCAACAUCUGGAUUCCCCCGGAAGCUGCCCUUGCCCUGGCCGAAGAGUACAACAUUAGCAUCUGGAUCCAGGCACUCCUUGAUUCCGCAAAGAUCUCCACUACCCAGCCGGCUGAUGCCUCGCCCAAGACCAUUACUGCGCCGCCCAAGUUCGAUCGCCUCAAGGCGACACCUACGCAGCUGCUUUCUCCGGCCACUCCGACAACCCGAAGUGGUCGUACCCGUCGUUCAGCCAGCCCAACCAAGAACUCUGCCACCAGACGCACAACUGCAGAACCGCGAAAGCGCAACACCAGAUCCAAGGCUGAGGCUGUCGAGACCACACCGACUGCUGAGGUAGCCCCGAGCGAGACCAAGGAGGUCAAGGAGGCCAAGGAGGUCAAGGAGGACAAGGAGGAGACGGAGGAGGCCGUUUUGAAGACGACAGAAUUCGAACCCGCCAUUGCCUUGGAGCACAGGACCAAGCCUGAGGCUAGCAGCAAGGCAGAUGCCUCACCCCUCCCUUUCACGACGGGCCAGCCCCCUUCCGCUGAGGAGAUUGCAGACAUGAUGGCUACUGCCAAGGCCAUGGUGCAAAAGGAUGAGGAAGAGGCGGAGAAGCCUGAUGAGGGUGCCGAGGGAGAGGAGACUCAGAACAAGACCACCUCAAAGAGCAAGCGGAAGGCUACCGACACUGGCGAGGAGGGUGACGAGGCUGCUGAGGGAGACGACAAGACUGAAGAGGCUCCCCGCUCAAAGAAAAUCAAGACCGAAGUCGAGGUGCGCAAGGGCAGAAUACAGAAGAGGGCCUUGUUUGGCAUUGGCGCAACAGUUGCAGUUGGAGCACUUGUGCCUUGGCUCGCAAACUUCCUAUAAAUGAUACUAGAGGCUGCAGCCCUGUGUCGUGU